AUGUACAUACUUACGAUUACUUCAUGCUUAUUAUACUCUACAGGUGAAAACAUUGCCGACAAUGGUGGUUUACGACAAGCAUUCCAUGCCUAUAAAGAAUGGCUGACAAAUAAUCCAGCGGCUGCUGCUGAUGAGCGUCUUCCAGGUAUCAAUAUGACGGCAAUGGAUAAAAAAGAAGUGGGAGUUCCAAAAGUGAAACAACCACCGAAAAUGUAAACUGUCUAAGCUGUCGGAUGAAGCGUAUAUGAUGUCUGUGGAUGGCCAACUAAGUCAUGAUGACUAGUGAUAGUGAUGAUUAUGAUGAUUUUGACCCUGAUUUUCUACCUGAAGAUUAUAUUGAAUGUGGAGAAACUACUGACACAUCAAUAUCGCAGUGCUUAGAAGCAGUGCAGCAUUGUGAUACGAGCUCGGCCAUCUGCAAGUAUACCAAUUUAGCAUUAAAUGUUAACUCUAUAG